AUGCAUUACACAACACAUGUUCUUCUACUUGCCUGCCAGUAUGGGGUUACCAAAAUCGUGGAAUAUCUUUUGAAUGACGUUGUUGGCUGUGAUCCCAAUAUCAAAGAUGACGAUGGACACACACCACUCUUUCUUGCAGGGAACAAGGACGUUAUUCUACUCUUGCUGCAACACGGAGCUACUGCUGAAAAUGCAUAUUCCCAGCAUCGCAAAGCUCUUGGUAAAGUGUUUUCAAAGGAUCCUCUGAAAAAUCCAGUGAAGAUACUUGUUAUCGGUCACGGUGGAGAAGGAAAGAGCACUCUCAUUGAAGCAAUGGAACACGAGCCAACUGCACUCACAUCUCUAGUCAACAUCUUUGUCUCUCCUAAAGAAGUCGAUGGAGUCAGCCAGAAAACAGCCGGAAUCAUCCCUCGAUUAUUCAAGAGCCGUGUCUUUGGAGAUGUGUUGGUCUAUGACUUUGCUGGUCAAGAGGUCUACUACAGCAGUCACGCUGCCAUUAUUAAGACAGCAGUUGAUGCAUGUCGGCCCAUUAUUGUCCUAGUCCUAGGGCUCCAUAAAGAUGACACCUUCACCACUCACUCUGCCUCCUAUUGGUUGGGCAUCAUUGCCAACCAGUGUGCCAAUAUGGAGGGAAAAGCUCCACUCAUUGUGGUAGGUAGCUAUGCUGAUUGCUUAACCGAUAAACGGAAGAUUGCCAAGAAAGAAGAGAUUGUUUUGGAAGCUGUUUCGAGAUAUCCGACCCUGGAUCUGCUGAAGUUUAUUCCCAUGGAUAAUCGCUACUCCAACUCUAGUGGCAUGAAGAUAUUGCGAGCCACUGUCGGCCCUGCUUGCGCCAGCAUUCGAUCAACGUUGGCUGUUUCUUUAAAUGCACACAUGUUUCUGAUUUACCUUGUUGGCAAGGAUGAGAUUGCGUUAUCACUGGAGCAAGUUCAGCAACGAAUAAAAGAGGAAUCCAGUCAAGUUCUCUCCAAGAAGCACAAAGAAGUUGUACCAUUCAUUCCGACAACCAUUCCUCGUCUUGUUGAAAUCUGUGUUCAGCUCAAUGACAAAGGUCACAUCCUCUUCCUACGCAACACCAGCUCACCAGAGAAGAGCUUCAUUGUCCUCAAGAAAGAAGAGCUCUUGGGUAAAGUCAAUGGCACCAUAUUUGCUCCAGAAGAUUUUGAUCAGCACUGUCACCUCUCCACGAGCACUGGUGUUGUACCUUGCUCCAAGCUGGCUGCUCACUUGCCUAACUUGGAUACUGACAUGCUUACUGGAUUUUUGGUUAAUCUCGAGUUUGCUGUGCCCAUUGAAGACCCUGAAGUCCUACGUCUUAUCAAACAGCAUCGAACAGACGCUGGUGAAUCCGUAUCACCUGACGAGAAGUAUCUCUUCUGUCCUGCCCUCAUCCGGUUAGAAGUUGGCACGAAAGUGUUCAAGCAUCGCGAUGACCUCGCUUAUCAUUUUGGUUGGGUUAUGUCGUGCUCUCACAAAAACCAGUUUCUGGACGCUCGAUUUCUACACGUCCUAUUACUUCGAAUAUCUCUUUCAUUGAAGCUGGCUCCAGUAAUUGAUCCUGACGUCCCCUCUCUACAGAGUAAAUGCUCGGUCUGGACGACUGGUGUUUGCUGGAGCACUUCAUAUGGUGUCAAACUGCUAGUGGAGGUCAUUGACAAGAAGAAAGUGGUUGUUUUGAUUCAAGCUCACCAUCUCUCACUGGAUCUCUUCAAGCUGCGCUCUACUGUGAUGAAGAAAGUUGUUGACACCUCCACUGAGUUAUGCUCUACUGUAGUCACUGAGGAGGCCCUCCUUCCUCCUCACAGUGUGACCUACCCUCUGGAAGAUACACACGUCUUUGAUCUCAAGUCCCUCACUGAAAGUAUUAUUGGCCAAGAAAGUUAUGUCGUAUCAGCUAAAGGUGUUGAAAACAUGCCAUUGAGUGAUCUGCUCCAAGCUGAAGUGUACGCUGAUCUCGGUGAGAAUAUUCUACAGCUUCUUUUCAAUCCAGCAGACAAGGAGCUGUCUAAUCGAUUCAUCUCGGCCCUUGCAACUUGUUGGAACAAGAAUCCUCGACUGGCUGAUAUCGUACGCACAGCUAUUACUGAGAAUACCAGCGCUGCAUUUCAGGAGUGCAAUAAUCUCGAUGGUGUUCUAAAAGUCUGGAAAAGCACCGGAGAUUCCAGUGGUGAAGCACUGAGAAGAAUUCUGGAUCCACUUAGUGUGUUUGCUGGACGAAACCCUCUCGAACUGGCUGGUGUUGCUGCUAAGGAGACUAGUGAUGAUCUACUACCAGCCCCCAGACCAACAGCAAACUGUCCAAGCACAGCCUCUCUCCCUGUGGUGGCUGGAGCAGCUCCAACCAUUGAGGACUGGUCAGUGAGUGAGGGGACUAAAGUCAGAGAGGAAGUCACCCAAACCACACACACUGAAGGUGAAUCAGUGGUGAGUGGUCUAACACUGGCUGCUCUAAAGAGGAGGACUGGAGUCAGUGACACACAGCUGGACACUGAGGUCAUAGAACACGACACUCAUAUCCUAGCCGGCUGCUUCGAUAAUCUAGAGAACUAUCUCGACCAGUUACGCUUGACUCCCGGCCAACAAACUGACCUUUAUGAUCUAGCUGUCAAACGAGACAUUCAAACUGCAAUGGCGAAAGCUUUGAAGCUGUGGCGUGCCCCCAACCCUCUUGUUGCCACGUUUCGAGCUCUGUUGAUCAUCUUACUGGAUCUCAAGAGAGGAGACGUGGCUGUUAGGGUGUGUCAGUACAUUGUCGACAGAGUUCCACAAUAAUUAUGGACUCUCAACACUUUCCUAUUAUAGCCUCUGCUCUGUGUUUAGUACCACUCACACAUCCUAUUCUAGUUUCUGCAUGUAUACUCACGUUUUUUUUAUUAUGACAUGCACUUUAUUCACAGAUUUUUAUUAUUCUGAUAUGCACACAGUUUUAGAUUGUUCUGUUUAGUACACACUGACACAAUAUCAUUUAAUUCUGUUCCGGCACACCUUCUAGUUUUUAUAGAACACUAAUUUUACAACACUAUAAUUUUACAGAUUAUUAUUAUUCUGAUUCUAUGUACACACUUUUAUAGUUAAUUAACAUCAUCAUGAUUGUACAAUUUUGAGUGAUAAAAAAGUGA